AUGAUUGACCACAACACCCCGACAACCACUGACGACGAUGUCCAGCCGCAGAACUACCUGCGCAUCCCAGGCCUCGUCUUCGACGACGUGCCGGCCCUGAUUCCGCAGGCGCACUCGGCGGCCCUCCGGUUCCUACAGCCCGCGGACUUCGACCUCGGCAUGUCGUACGGCGAGUACUACGAACUGCUGGAGCCUUUCGACCGCGUCGCACACAGGCUCGUCGACGUGUUCGACUACUGCGUCCAGGUCUUUCGUCGGGGACCUCUGGUCCCCGCGGCCUUCACCACCGCUCCGUCUUCUCCGCGGUCUGCCGGCGGCGCCGACUCGGCAGGGGAAGACCCACCCGCCGCAGGCUCGGCGGCGGCGUUCUGGGGGGAGUUCUUCGACCGGGUGCUCGACCACCUCGGCCCCGCGGCGGAGGCGGUCAGGCUGUGCUCGCUCGACGUCAUGUGGAUCGUCCACCUGUACACGCGGGCGUGGCAGGGCACGGGCAAGGCUUGCCGGGCGGCCGGGCGGGCGCACUGGCGGCGGGCGAACAUCCGUCACCUGCACGACCUGCUGGAGGAGUGGUUCGGCAUGUUGAGGGCGAGGGGGGUGGCUUGGACGGACGUGUUUGGCGAGCUGUUUGAGGCUCGACGGUGA